AUGAACGUUGUGCUGAUCCUUCUUGUUGUCUUCUCUACUUCCAUCCAGCUCGCUCAAUGCCAGGAAUGCACAACAAUCGACUCCUGCGUAGACGGCAAGGUCUGUAUCUGGGGCCGUUGUCGUGAUACUGGAAAGCCUACGGAAGCCAGUGUCAUUCAAAAGAGAUCAAUCGGUUUUAAAUACGGAUAUGGAUCAGCCGUUGUGCAAGAAGCGGCAUUAACCGCUUGA